AUGACAUUGUUUAUGAUAUAGGAAACAGAUAAUUGAUGUUUCUAAGAAACAAGAUGUUAUUCCCCCAAGAGCACAGAAGACGUAGUCCUGCUUUCACAGGAGACAAACACCAUCAAAUUGGAUGAGGAAAGAGAAACACAAGCAGACAGGAUUUUCUUGACAAGUUCCUCUCAUAAAAAGCUUAGUCCAGAAUACGUAAAACUCCAGUUGGGUGUUUGUUUUUGGAUUUCUCUUUCUCACAGCUUUUGAAUUUCUUAGGCUUUCAUGAUGGAUUCUUCCCAAAGCUUUGGAGGUGCAGAAGAAUGCCAAAGCAGUGAAUCUGGCUGGACAAUGUAUAUUGGCUCACCAAUUCACGAUGAUGAUCAAUACGGUAGUGAUUAUGCGGACAAUGAUGACGGUGGAACCAACGAUGGUGAUGACGAUGACAACAGCGAUGCUGAUCAUCACAACGACGAGAAUGACAGCGAUGAUUCCAUGGCUUCUGAUGCUUCUUCUGGUCCAAGUCAUCUUGGAAGGACAAAUGGAAAUGCUGUUUUCAAGGAUAAAGAAGAAGAAAAUGAUGGGAAAUACUGCAUCAUUGACGAAAAAGCAAAGAAACCGUCAAUGGAGAAGAUGCAGAGGUCAGCUGAAAGAAGAAAGGAAGAGAUGGUAUUCAUGGGAAGGAAAGCAAAAGCUCCAGUUCAGAAUGGUGCAAAGAAGGUACAAAAAACCAUUUGGACGGGAAAAAGAAAAUAAGAUUGUAGUAACUUUUCGAUGUGGUUCUUAAACUUUGGCUUCUUAAGUUUUUGGUAGCAUUAUGGGAUAAAUUUGCAGUUGAGUUAAUUAAGAAAAGUAGUCUAAAAAUUUUUAAUUAACUAUGUAUCGCUUUUUACCAAACUUUUUAAUAUAAGAAUUUGUAUAACUCAACAAUAUAUGCACAAUAUGGAUGAGAGAAAUAUUAGCUACAAUAUAUAUGCAUGCGUA